ACACAGUUGGCCUUCGUAGUUUGGUAUCUAGAAAUUCUAGAGAUAGAGAGCUUUGAGAAAGCGCAAUGGCGGACUCAUCAAAUUCCUUAGGGUUUCUGAUGAGGCACUUUGAGGAGCUUAAGGGGCACUGGAAGCAGAACUUUGCGUUCCUUGAUUACUACAAGAAAACACUGGGAUGGGAGAAGGCUCCGCCUAAAUGGACUGACGCAGAUGUCGAGGAAUUUAUCGCCUCAGAUCCCGUGUACGGUCCCCAGCUGAAAGCUUUGAGGGAAUCAAGAAAAUAUGCUGUUGCUGGGGCCCUUAUUGGUGCGGUACAUUUAGGCGGCAUUUCCUUCAAAUAUUCUAAGAGUCCACAUGGUCUUAUAUUGGCUACUGGGUUUGGAGCUCUUUGUGGUGGUGUGUUUGGAGCUGAAGUCGCUGAACAUGUGAAGCAGCUCUAUAAGGUGGAUAAACAAGGUGCUAAUCUCAGGUUUCUCUACUGGUGGGAGGACAAAACUAAAGGAAGUUCCCAGUAAUUAUUGUUAGCUGGUUCCAGUGCUCUCGGAUGAUGAUAUACUGUCCCAGAAAGUAAAACUCAUCUGUCAUGUUUGGUUUUUAUCAUGAAUAAACAAUUAAUACUCCCACUUUUUGCUAUACAAAAGUGCUUCUUGUUUGAUUCUGCUUGAGCCCUCAGCUGUAUUAGUAAAAUGAAAAUGCACAUUUUUAAUGUUCA